AAGAGGCUCGAGCGAGACAGUGCCGUUAUCAUGGAUGGAAAAGUGUACAAGGAAAAAGUGAAAAAUCCAAGAGCGAACGCUAAUAUUCUUAGCGCGUUGACGUUUUCUUGGAUCCUUCCCACAUUCUGGGUGGGUUACCACAGGGAUCUUGAAGUAACUGAUUUAUACACACCGCUUAAAGAGCAUACAAGUGGUAUUCUUGGUGUUAAGAUCGCGGAAGCCUGGCAGAAAGAAUGCGAGGCUUACAAUCGCCGGCUGGAAGAGAGCGAGCGGAGAGGAUCCCGGAAGGAGAUACGAAAACCCAGCCUGAUGAGAGUCCUCGUUAAGUGCUUCGGUGUCAAAGUCAUGUUGUACGGAAUCGUCCUGGCCUUCACGGAAAUCAUGUUCAGAGUGUUACAACCGAUAUUUUUGGGCAAGCUGCUGCGCUACUACAGCUCGACGGAUGUUGACGAGACGCAAGCGUAUUUGUAUGCCGCUUGCAUAGUCUUGUGCUCCGCGAUCAACGUCUUCGUCAUCCAUCCGUAUAUGAUGGCGAUCCUGCACAUGGGAAUGAAGAUUCGUGUCGCCUGUUGCUCGCUUAUCUAUCGGAAGGCGUUGCGGUUGACGAGAACCGCUCUGGGCGAGACGACAAUCGGCCAGGCGGUAAAUCUGCUGUCUAACGACGUCAAUCGCUUCGAUAUCAGCAUUAUAUUUCUGCAUUAUCUCUGGCUCGGACCGCUCGAGACAAUCGUCAUUUCUUACUUUAUGUACGAGGUGCUCGAAAACGAACUGUCCGUCAUCGUCGGAGUCGCGUCUCUGCUCUUGUUCAUUCCCCUGCAAGGAUGGUUGGGCAAAAAGUCGUCGGAAUUGCGAUUGAGAACUGCCAUUAGAACCGACGAGAGAGUGAGAUUGACGAACGAAAUUAUCAGCGGGAUCCAAGCCAUUAAGAUGUACACCUGGGAGAAUCCGUUUAGCAACCUCAUAGAAAAAGCAAGAAGGAAGGAAGUCAACGUUAUCCGAGGAACGUCCUACAUCAGAGGGGUCACCAUGUCGUUUAUCAUCUUCACCACGAGGCUGUCGCUGUUCAUCACAAUUCUGGUUUACGUGCUGUCCGGCUUCACGAUCACCGCCGAAAAGGUGUUCAUGAUAACCGCCUUCUACAACGUUCUCCGCACAACGAUGACGGUUUUCUUCCCGCAAGGAAUAACACAAGUGGCAGAGGCGAUGGUGUCCAUAAGACGACUGCAGAAAUUCAUGAUGUACGACGAAAUGACGCCUCCCGAAACAGAGACCGUGAAACAAAACAGCAACGCUGAUAAAUACAGCAAAUCGAAUGCUGAAAAGAAAGUGAAAGAGAACAAGGAAAAUUCGUGGGAGAAUAACAAAGAGAAUCCAAAUGAGAACGCGAACAAAAUCGCAAAGGAGGAAUCAGUUGCUGGUGAGAGCAAGGGCGAUGAUAAGAUUGCGCAGCAGACGAAUUGCAUUGAUUAUUGCAUUUCAAUCGAGAACGGCACCACCAAGUGGCUGGAGCACGAGCGAGAAGACACUCUGCAGAACAUCACGAUGAAGGUACGCCCGGGCGAACUGAUCGCCAUCGUUGGUCAGGUCGGUGCGGGUAAGAGCAGCUUGCUAAACGUUAUUCUGAAGGAGCUGCGUCUGCAGGAAGGUUCCGCCCAGGUUAACGGCAAAAUUGCUUAUGCUAGUCAAGAGCCGUGGCUGUUCGCAGGAUCGGUGAGGCAAAAUAUCCUGUUCGGUCGAAAAAUGGACCAGAGCCGUUACGAUCGCGUGGUCAAGGUAUGUCAAUUGAAGAGGGACUUCAGCUUGCUACCUAACGCAGAUAAAACCAUUGUGGGCGAUCGAGGUAUCAGCCUUUCCGGUGGUCAACGUGCGAGAAUAAACUUGGCGAGAGCCGUUUACGCCGAAGCCGACAUAUACCUCUUGGACGAUCCCUUAAGCGCCGUGGACGCUCAUGUGGGCAAACACAUGUUUGACGAGUGCAUCGACAGAUAUUUGCGCGGCAAGACUCGGAUUCUCGUGACUCAUCAGUUGCAGUAUUUGAGCAACGUCGGCAGAAUUAUCGUUCUGAAAGACGGUGCCAUCCAAGCCGAAGGCACUUAUGAAGAGUUGGGUUCCAUGGGCGUAGACUUCGGUCGAUUGUUGGAGAAUAAAAAGGAAACGGAAGAGAAAGCUCCUUCGUCGGUUCCUGUUAGUCGAAGCAAUUCGCGCACCGGCAGUAUCACGUCGCUGAGUUCCUUCAUGACAAAUGACACUUCGAAGGAAGAACCCGAAGAGUUGGCUGAGAUGCGGUCGAAGGGCAAUGUUUCCGGCAAAGUGUACGGAGGUUACUUCAGUGCCGGUGGCAAUUGUUGUGUGAUAUUUAUGGUUUCCAUGCUUUGCAUAUUGACGCAAUUAGCGGCCAGCGGUGGCGAUUUCUUCAUUGCGCGAUGGGUCGAAAUAGAAGAACAUUAUGUGAAUCAAACGGACGACGGUAUUGUGGUAGAUUCGAGAAGUCCCCUGACUCGCGACCAAUGCAUCUACAUCUUCACCGGGCUGACUGCGUUGACGAUCGGCGUGACUCUGAUUCGCUCGUUCACCUUCUUCGGGACUUGCAUGCGCGCCUCCAUGCGGCUGCACGAUCGCAUGUUCCGUAGCAUCAGUCGCGCUACGAUGCGUUUCUUCAAUACCAACACGUCCGGUCGCGUUCUCAAUCGCUUCUCCAAGGACAUGGGCGCGGUUGACGAGAUUCUGCCUACCGCGCUUAUCGACUGCAUUCAAAUCGGUUUGUCGUUGCUCGGCAUCAUCGUCGUGGUCGCCAUCGCCAACGUGUGGUUGUUAAUCCCCACGGUAAUCAUCGGCAUCGUUUUUUAUUAUCUAAGAGUGUUUUACUUGGCCACCAGUCGCAGCGUCAAACGUCUCGAGGGCAUCACUCGCUCGCCGGUCUUCGCUCAUCUGAGCGCGACUCUGCAAGGAUUACCGACGAUCCGUGCAUUCGAGGCGGAAGAAAUCUUAACAAAGGAAUUCGAUCGUCAUCAGGAUCUCCAUUCGUCCGCUUGGUUUAUCUUUAUCGCGUCUUCGCGCGCCUUCGGUUUUUGGUUGGAUAUUUUCUGCGUAUUAUACAUCGUGCUUGUCACAAUGAGCUUCUUGGUGCUGAACAACUACGGACGCGGCUCGAUGGACGGCGGAUACGUUGGCCUGGCGAUCACUCAAACAUUGGGUAUAACCGGUAUGUUCCAGUGGGGCAUGCGACAAAGCGCCGAGCUGGAGAACCAAAUGACUUCAGUGGAACGUAUUCUCGAGUACAGCAAAGUAGAGAGCGAGCCUCCCCUGGAAAGUACCCCCGAGAAGAAGCCCAAGAACGAGUGGCCGGAGGAGGGUAAGAUCGAGUUCAAGAGCGUGUUUCUGCGUUACGCGCCAACGGAGCCGCCGGUACUCAAGAAUCUUAGUUUCGUCAUCUUUCCGCGCGAAAAAAUCGGCAUCGUCGGUAGAACCGGCGCCGGUAAAUCGUCAUUAAUCCAGGCUCUCUUCCGUCUGGCCGAGAUGGAAGGCGCGAUCGAGAUCGACGGCGUCAACACCAACGAGAUCGGUUUGCACGAUCUGCGAUCUAAGAUUAGCAUCAUCCCGCAAGAGCCAUUCCUGUUCUCCGGAACUCUCAGACGUAACCUCGAUCCGUUCGACUCUUACACCGAUCACCUGUUGUGGCAAGCGCUCGAGGAGGUCGAGAUGAAGGAGAUGGGUCUGGAAUCGCACAUCAACGAGGGCGGUUCCAAUCUUAGCGUCGGUCAGCGACAGCUGGUCUGUCUGGCGCGCGCCAUCGUCAGGAACAACCCGAUACUCGUGCUGGACGAAGCAACCGCCAAUGUGGAUCCGCGAACAGACGAGUUGAUUCAGACGACAAUCAGACGUAAAUUCGAGAAGUGCACGGUUCUGACGAUUGCUCAUCGACUCAACACCGUUAUGGACAGCGAUCGCAUCCUGGUGAUGGACGCCGGUAGUGCGGUGGAAUUCGAUCAUCCCCACGUGUUGCUGCAGAAGGAAACAGGCUAUCUGAAGAGCAUGGUGCUGGAGACUGGCAAGGCGAUGGCGGACGCGCUGACCAACGUCGCUCGUGAGAGCUAUAACAGUCGCUCGUCCACGACGUUCUGAUGCGUCCGCGGUGUUAAUUAUUCAAUCGUUGUGCGUCAGGGUGAUGGUCAUCGCGACGGACGGCCCCGUUUCCGCGAGAAUCCCGUCGGUUUUCGCGGAUCGUCUCCUCGAGCAACUCCGGGAAAAUUAUCAUCGAAAGAAAUUAAGCGAAGAAAAAAAAAAGACGAGUAAAUACAUAAAUUCGAAAAUCCCGAAUACAGCAUCUAUAUAUUAUAAAUCGGGAUCGAAUGAGUUUUAACAAUAUCGAGAAUUGUCGAUAGAUAAAUGAAAAUGUAGAUAAUAUACGAGUAAGAAUUCGAGAAGUCUGGAAGAGACUUGAAAAUAAAAAAGCGGAAAACACGCGAGACGAGAUUUAGGUGCUGUAAUUGCGUUUACAAGAUACAUGCAAAAUAUUUAGAACGAUCGGAAUUUAAGAAUUGAGAUUCUGACAAAUUGCAGAAAUAGAAUUUCCAUACGAAUGUAGUGUAGGAGAAUAUGGUGUAAGGACGAGAUAAGAGUCUAAGGAUUAUAUAAGAGAAGAUUCUCAGAAAUAUACACGACGAGAGAGAUAGAGAAAUAAAUAAAAUAAAUCUCCGACGAAGGAAUAUAUAUAUAUAUAUAUAUGUGCGCGAAAAUCGUAAUCUCGGAUUUUCGGGAUUUCAAAACUUUCGAAAGUUUUCACUUGGUGCUAAACAUUUUAGUUAGGAAGAAUUUCGCGCGUUCGAGGAAUGCCACGAAGAAGAAAAGGCGCCAAGAGCUCCUCCCCGGCGAAGAAACUUUCGCGACGGGAGAUUAAUGAAUUAAUAAUCGUUUUUACUGCAAGUUGCACUGUCUCAUCUAGCUGGUCUUUUUUGGCUGGCGCAAGUUUAUUUCUCCACGCUGCCACUUCGAUGUUACACACAACAACACGCCAAUGUCGUUGCCAAUGCAGCGCGAGCUUUUCUCACGUAGAAAAAUGAGCCAAGCGUAAUCUCUGACAAGAGCAAGGAGAAAAAAAAAAGCUCGCUCUUGAUAUCGGCGCAAAACACCGCAGUAUUAUUACGUAACUUUUGUAUCAGAUGCUUGAUCCUUGAGAAUUGUACUUAAACGUUUAUAGAUAAUACGAGAAAAAGAUUCACAUAAUUUUUUAUACUCGUUGUAUACAUAUAUAUAUAUAUAUAUAUAUAUAUACACACACACACACAACAAACUCCGAUGAACAGAAAGACAUACGGUUGCCCAGAAAGAGCAAAUAAUGAAUUAUAGAUUAUAGCGCGGUUCUCGCGAUACUAUGUUUUUCGUGAUACUCACAUUUUUCUUGGCUGCCAGAAAAGUCUGGCCUUUCUCCGGGUCAAGACCGUAUAUAUAUAUAUAUAUAUAUCUGCAAUUUUGCAAGGGUUCUAUACGAUGAUGUUCCUUCCAUUAGAUUGGUGCUACAAGUACAAGGAAGACCAAAAAGAAGAGGUGCCUCUGCGUAAGUUAAAAAAAAAAAAAAAAAAUUA